AUGGCAGCCUCCCAGCUGGCUGCGCUGGAAAGCGUGGAGUUGGGAGCUGGAGGGUCGUCAUUGACUGAGUCCAGCCCGGGCUUCCUGUACUCGGAGGGCCAGCGGCUGGCGCUGGAGGCCCUGCUGAGCGAGGGUGCGGACGCAUUUGAGGCCUGCGUGCAUCGAGAGCAGGUGCAACCCUUCCUCAGUGCGGAGGAGAUCCGAGGCCUGGCAGCCACAGCAGAAGACUGGACAGCAGCCACGCAGGAGCUCGGCGGGGUGUCAGAAGGAGCUGCCAUCGCCACCAGCGGGGCCACAGGGGGCAGCCUGACCUACUGGCCUGGCCAGUCGGAGGAGCCAGCGCCUGUACUGCGGCUGGGCUGGCCCGAGGACACCGCCUGGAGAGGCAUCACCCGGGCCCAGCUGUACACCCAGCCGCCUGGCGAGGGCCACCCAUCCCUCAAGGAGCUGGUGCGCCGGGAACUCCAGGCUGCCUGCAAGCUGGUGGCCGUGGUCAUGGAUGUGUUCACUGACCCAGACCUGCUUAUGGAUCUGGUGGAUGCCGCCACGUGCCGCUGGGUGCCUGUCUACCUGCUCCUGGACCGCCAGCAGCUGCCUGCCUUCCUGACUCUGGCCCAGCAGCUGGGCGUGAACCCCUGGGCCACCAAGAACCUGGACAUCCGCGUCGUGCGGGGCUGCAGCUUCCAGAGCCGCCAGCGGAGGCAGGUGAGCGGCCACGUGCGGGAGAAGUUUGUGCUGCUGGACGGUGACCGGGUCAUCUCGGGAUCCUACAGCUUCACGUGGAGCGACGCCCGCCUGCACCGCGGCCUGGUGACCCUGCUCACUGGUGAGAUCACCGACGCCUUCAGCCGAGAGUUCCGGACGCUGUACGCGGCCUCGUGGCCGCUUCCGCCCGCGCCUGCCCCGGGACCCUUCAUCAGAGUCCUGGGGGGACUGCAGCUGGCCCGAAGCCCGCACCACGUGGCCUGCCGUCGCUCUGUGGCACCCCCGUCGCCGCCACCCGAUGAGCCACUGGCCCGCCGCCUGGUUGCCUGCCGUAUCUCAGAGGGGGACAGGCGGGAGCUCCCCGUCGCCCCUGGGCCAGCACUCAGCGACAUACUGAGGAGCGUGCAGCGCGCCCGGACCCCGAGCGGCCCCCCAACUCGGCCCAGCCGCUCCCUGUGGGACCUGAGCCGCCUAUCCCAGUUGUCAGGCUCCAGUGAUGGUGACAACGAGCUCAAGAAGUCCUGGGGCUCCAAGGACACCCCUGCCAAGGCCCUGAUGCGGCAGCGGGGCACUGGAGGGGGCCAGGGGGGUGAGGGGGACCCCCGCCCACUGGCCCUGCCCCUGAUCCCUGCCCACCCCCACCGCCUCCGAUACCUGUCCCCGACACGGAGAAGGUUUGGUGAAGGUACUCCGCCCAAACUCUCGGAUCCUAGAGGCCUCUGGCAGCCAGACAGGGCCGCCUGGGCAGGACUCGGGGGGCGACCUUGA